UCUUGGGUGUGUUAUUUCCUGUGUCAGUUUGGCAGAUGUAAGUGUAUUUCACGGAGUCAUAAACUCUGCGUCUUCGCUUGUGGAGUUUUAUCCUUUGAAGCAUGGGGAGCAGGGUGGACCUGUUACUGUGGGCCUGGAUCGUCCUGGACUCGGGGGUGUGCUCAGUCGUACUGCCAGAAAUCACAGAUGGGAAGUUCAUUGAUGAAUGUGUGAGGGAACACAACAGGGCGCGGUCAUCUGUCAAUCCACCUGCAAGUGACAUGCUGUACAUGACGUGGGACGAGGCUUUGGCCAUUACUGCAAGAGCGUGGGCAAAGCACUGUGUGUUUGACCACAACCCUCGCCUCAAAGAUGUCAGCAGUGUGCACCCCACUUUCUCGUCGGUAGGAGAGAACAUAUGGACAGGCUACCCACCGUCAUCAUUUGACGCGACAAAAGCCAUAAAAAAAUGGGUGGAUGAAAAAGCAGACUACAACUAUGAAAGGAACACUUGCAGUAAAGUCUGUGGCCACUACACGCAGGUUGUUUGGGGAAGCAGCUACAAGGUUGGUUGUGCCGCUGAGCUGUGCCCCAAUGGUGUCAAAUACUUCAAUAACAGAGAGGGUGUCGUUUUUGUCUGCAACUAUGCUACAGCGGGCAACACCAACAGAAGGAGACCAUAUGAAACUAAAGGGGCAGCCUGCUCUGGAUGUGAAGGCACCUGUAGUGACAGUCUCUGCCGUGACCAAAAACGAGAUUCACAGCAAAGAUACAGCUGGACCCCAGACUGGGACCCGACCCCAGACCGGGACCCAUCCCUGGAUGCCACACAUACUGGUUCCAGCUAUGUGACCAUUCUGGUUGUGCGGCCCGUCGGCCUCAUCUUCACCUUCAUCACGGCAUAUGCAGUCCACCACUAUUACCCUGAUGUCUUCUGCUAUGAGUAGAUCCUCUGUUUGGACCUGAACAACAUGGACCUGUUCAGCCAGCGUUAAGAUGAAGAUGAGAUCAGAUCAUCUUCGAUUAUUCAACUCCAUCAACAUUUUUUUAAAAACAAAUGACUGAAUGAUUUUUUUAUUUUACUGCAUGGCAGUAAGAUUUAGGCUUCAUUAAAAACAAUAACUAACCCAAACUAAAAUAAACUAAAUUUAUAUAGAAAAUGUC